AACAUUUUAAGCUCUUAAUUGUUGAAACACCCCCAUAGGAGCAGAUCUCCUAUGUUUAUACUUCAUGGCAACUUCAUAUGAUGUCUUGCUUUCCUUUUUCCUUUGUGGCUCCUUUGCAGGGCAAGACUUAUCUCCAGUUGAUUUGAUAAAUGUUCAGCAAUUUUCUCAGAGGGUAAUGGAUCUUUCUGAGUACAGAAAGAAGCUGUAUGACUAUCUUGUUACUAAGAUGAAUGAUAUUGCACCAAAUUUGGCCUCAUUGAUCGGGGAAGUUGUUGGAGCUCGGUUGAUCUCUCAUGCUGGUAGUCUCACAAAUUUGGCAAAGUGUCCCUCUUCCACUCUUCAGUUUAGAAAAAUUUUCCAAGGAAAUAUUUUCUGUUUUUGGGCACUUAAAACCCGGGGGAACACACCAAAGUAUGGACUGAUUUUCCAUUCAUCUUUUAUUGGCCGAGCAUCUGCAAGAAACAAGGGCCGAAUGGCGCGUUAUCUUGCAAACAAGUGUUCCAUCGCAUCUCGCAUCGACUGUUUUGCUGAGAGGGGUACUAUUGUGUUUGGAGAGAAACUCCGUGAACAAGUUGAGGAGCGACUUGACUUUUAUGACAAGGGAGUUGCACCUCGUAAGAACAUUGAUGUGAUGAAAUCUGCAAUUGAAAGUACUCAGGGCAAAGACACAGAAAUGGAAGAAGCACAACCUAUUGAACCUUCAGUGAAGAAAAGCAAGAGGAAGUCCAAAGCUACAGAAGAUGAUGAUGCUAUGGCUGAGGAUAAACAAGCAGCGGCUAUGAACGGAGAUGCCUCUGAGGAUGCAAAAUCAGAGAAGAAGAAGAAGAAAAAGGAGAAGCGAAAGCUGGAGAAUGAGGAGGGCCAAGUUCAAGCAGAUGAAAAAUCCAACGGUGUAAAUGGUGUUGAUGCUGAGCAAGAUGGUGCGGCCAAGAAGAAGAAAAAGAAAAAGAGCAAAAAUGAAGUAGAUGAGGAUGCUGGGGAAACAAAAAGGAAGAAAAAGAAGUCCAAAAGUAAAGAUGACUAGUGAAUUUACAAAUAGUUAAUGACCUAAAGCCGGUUCUGUAACUGUGUUUUGCUUAACUAGUUUUGCUUUGUUAUCCUAACUGUCUCAUCGAGUAAAUAUGUUUUCUCCUU